AUGCUGCGCAGGGGGCAGAGUUGUCGCCUGCGGCUCACGUGCGCCCGCGGUCUCAGUGCGGCGGCGCCAAGAGCGGCAGGCAGGCAGCGACGCUUCGCGACAACAGCGCCUGAUGGGCGGCCCGCGGCACCCCCGCCGCUCCGGCGUCCAGAUUGCGCGGAGGUGGAAGGGUUCUUCCGGCAACGGCUUGCUGCGGCACCGCAAGACGCGCCGUCGUCGCCCGACUCGUGUCACGCCAACACGCAGGCGGAAACUUUACGGCUGCCCCCGCACAUCACCGCCGUGCACGCAAGAGAAGACGUGCGGAUGCACCGACGCCUCGGCAGCCGCUUCACCAGCCUCUGUGACCAGGAAAAGUUAUACGGCACCGCCGAGGUGGCGUUCCACUCCAUUCACCAAGACGUGCAGCUGCGUCUGUGUUGGGCGCGGGAGGCGCUGCGCCUCCUACAAGAGGCCCUGCCACAGCCGCAGCCGCCGCACGCGCCAACGGCCGUCCCGCGACGUCUUGUAGUGCUUGUGUUGUAUUCGCACACGCAGCACAACGCCGCAGUUGGGCUGUAUCUGCGUCGCAUCAGUGAACAGGCAAGGGCACUGCUCGCUGAGAAAGAGGAGGAGGUGCUGGGCGUCUUAACUGCUGCCGUUGGCGUGAAGUGGCGGAGCCCCACGCCGCCCGAGACGAAUGCCCUGGACCACAGAAACAAUAAUAUUGCUGCCGCGGCGCUCCAGGACGAAUUGCUGUGGUACCCUAACGCCGGCCUGUACACCUUCAAUGCCCUGAUGCAGUGUCUCUGCCGAGUUGGGCUUGAUGCAGACACGCAGGAUGAGGCGCGGGGCUCGCUUCAGCUGCAGCGGAAGCUAUUAAUUAUAUCCGAGGGGUGGUUUCACGUGCGCACGGCUGCGGAAUUGCACCAGCUGCCGCAGGCGCCAUCGGGGUCGGCUGGUGACACGGUGGAUGUGGAGCCGCUGCCGUUUGUGCUGGGCAGCGCCCACACUGCGGAGGAACUGCGGCAGUUCGCCCGUUACACGGCCUGUCGAGCUUUAGCCCUAUGA